GGGGAUGUGCUGUGGAAGAUCGAGGGUUGGCUGUGGAAUAUCAAGGGUCUGGCGGAAGAUCGAGGGUCUGGUGGCGGUGCACAACGUGAUUCGCCUCAGUGUCAGCAAUGCCCCAACUCAGGAGGAGACAGCUAGAAGAGGUCGCUGUUGCAGUCAUGGCCAUUGCCGGGAGGAUGGCCGAGGAUGCGUUCCAGUCCUUUGAUUCCCUGCUGGGGGCCCGGAGCUUGACACCCUUGUUGGGCCCUCACUUGGAAAGCAUGGACUCGGCCGGUGGAGAAGACGACGAUGACCAAACAUGGGGACGGCGUGGUCUGGUAUGGUUGUUGCCAGCCAUCAUUCACAUCUGCAACCUGUCUCCGCGGGCUCCGCCUAGGUGGUGGGUGACGAGGCGGACGGCUGGGUUGUGGAGGGACCUCGUUCCCACGGACGACGCCGAGAACGACCAUUACAUAGGACUCUUGUGCAUGCGACGUUCGACAUUCAACAGACUGCUUCGUAAGGUCGGUCCGCUUUUGGAAAAGAAGGUCACAAAGUUUCGGUUACCGUUGCCGCCUGCUAAGAAGCUUGCGUAUGCUCUCCAUAGAUGGGCCCAUGGCGACUCGCACUGGCACAGUUCAUUCGCGUAUGGGAUGGGGAAAACCAGUGGCAUACGUGCAGUGAAAGAGGUGGCGGAUGCCAUUCACGCCGCGUAUCCACAUGCAGUUGGUUUCGGUGGACUAGAGGAUAGUCACCGUCGAAUGCAGCAGUUUGAGGCAUUGGGUUUUUCUAAUUGCUGGGGGUGCAUUGACUGCACACAUGUGUACGUCGACAAGCCACGAACGAAGGACGGCGACGACUAUUGCUCCGGUCGUAACAACCGGUUCUCAGUUGUUGCGCAACUCGUGGUCGAUUCCGAGCUGCAUGUCCUUGAUUUUUGCUACGGCUUUCCGGGGACUGUCGGCGAUGCACGUGUUCUGAAGAACACGUCGCUGUACAGGCGAGCCCUGAAAGGGUCGUUGUUCGUCGACGACCCUGAAGACCCCUUCCGUGCUCAGAGGCCUUCCAUCACCGGUGUUCCUGGAGGGUACUUGCUUGGUGAUGGCGGAUACCCCAAUCUUUCUUGGCUUGUGAUCCCAUACGGCCGACAGCCCCGCCUGACGAGGGCCAUGCAGCGCUUCGACGCUCUUCACAAGAUUGUCAGGUCUUGUGUUGAGCGAUUCUUUGGGGUUUUCAAAAUGCGUUUCCAGUACUUCUAUCGGCCGCAUAUAUGUGACAUUGCAACGGAGAGGUUGGAGUUCCGUGCGUGUUGCAUAAUUAAUUACCUCCUUCAGGAUUGGGGUGAUUUGCCGGAGGCGGACGACGAAGACAGCGAUUCAUCGUGUCCUGAAGGUCCGCCACCCGGUGUUGACAGGCGUGUGGAUGGUGCCCCUCUAGAGUACAUGUUUGGAAGGGAGCGUGGCCUGGCCGUGAGGGACGCACUUUGUACGGAGGUCUUGCAUUUGUGGGAACUGCGCCGUUCGCAGGCCUUGUGCUACACCUAUGAAAGACGUGCAAUCUUAGAUAGUUUGGAGAAGACUGAGAAGGAGGUCGAGCGGCUACACCGAUUCUUGGUUGAUAGGGGAGACAGCAUCACGGUGACAUUGCGGAAUGGGAGGUCGGUAAGUGAAACCGACAUCUCUCUGGAGAACAUACAUGCUCGUCGAUGGGCGGCUUCAGUGUUGAAGAGGGUGCAAGACUCGCGGAACGCGUUGCGGCAAUGUUGUGACGAUCUUGUUGUUCAGAACAUGCAGAUACGGCGACAUGUAGAUCAAUGGAGACAGCGAGCGGAAGAUAUGCGGGGGAGAUUUGAUCAUGCAUCCCGUGCACUGCGUGAGGCAACACAGGAAAGAGACGACGCCAUGCGAAGGUUGGAGUCCGUUGAGGAUGAUUUGCCGGUGGCUCGUGGGCAGGCAAAGACGACAUGGAGGUUCUACGACGAAGUGGUUCAUGGGAGCGGUUCGGGAACGAAGGCCCCGGACAGCGAGCUCCAAACAGAGUUCGCAAACAUCAGUUUGUCGUGUGGGGGGAAAGGGCGGGAGGCUUCAACAUCGAACACGUCAUCAUGUGCCUCCUGCGACGAGAUUCGCGCUGCCAUGGCGGAAAAGGAUAGAGAGAUCGCCAUUCUGGAAUUCAAGAACGAGAUCCUCACUAUUGUGAAAUGACGGGGUUGCAACCGGCCCCGUA